UUGUGACACAGCACACUCAAUUCUUAUGACGAGUUGCUGCAUUACCACUCCCAGAUCUGCUCUGUUAUUAUUAUUGUUCCCAUAUUAAAGGGGAUUAUUAUCUGCUAGGCCGAUUUUCGACGGCUGAAAGACCGUCGGUCGGUAACUGUCGCCCCAGGUGAUUCCUCGGUCCCUCGCCUGACCGCACCAGACCCCCCCAAUCAUCCGAACGACAGCACCCUUGUUGGUUCCGAAGACUGUCGAUUAUCUAUCAAACUAUUAUUACCUUCAUGUUUAUAUCCGUAUAGCGAUCUUUACACAGCCAUAGGUCUUAUAUUAUCGCCAUGAAGAUCUCGAAAGCUCUUGCGCUUAGCGCAACGGCUUCCACCGGAGUGUGGGCCUAUGCUAUCCCGCAACAGGACGUGAUGAGGAAUCCGCAUAUCCAUCACGAGCAGGAAAAGUUCUUAAUUGAGCUGGCACCUUAUGAGACACGAUGGGUUACGGAAGAAGAGAAAUGGGCUUUGAAAUUGGAUGGCGUGAAUUUCAUCGAUGUUACGGAGGAGCGAAACACCGGCUUUUAUCCAACCCUGAACGCCGGUAGCUAUGUUCAUUAUCCCCAUCAGAUGCAGCAUAAGGGCGAUGUGCUAUCGCUCAUUCAAGGGCUCGAGAAGAAGAACAUGGAGGACCACUUGGAGGUGUUCACUUCUUUUCAUACUCGGUACUAUAAAUCAAAGACCGGCAUUGAGUCAGCAACAUGGCUGUUCAAGCAGGUUCAGGACGUUAUCACGCAGUCAGAGGCAGCGGACUAUGGCGCUACUGUCGAGGAGUUUUCUCACCCGUGGGGACAAUUCAGUAUAAUUGCUCGAAUUCCCGGUCAAUCCAACAAGACAGUUGUUUUGGGUGCUCAUCAGGAUAGCAUCAACCUCUUUCUUCCCUCUAUCCUGGCUGCUCCCGGUGCUGAUGACGAUGGAAGUGGGACUGUCACUAUCCUUGAGGCUUUGCGUGGUCUGCUGCAGUCAGAAACCAUUGCCCACGGAGAGGCAGCAAAUACCAUCGAAUUCCAUUGGUAUUCGGCUGAGGAAGGCGGCAUGCUUGGCUCCCAGGCUGUCUUUUCACAGUAUAAGAAAGACAAACGGGAUAUCAAGGCUAUGAUCCAGCAAGACAUGACAGGUUACACUCAGGGUUCCCUUGAUGCUGGCCUUGAGGAAGCAAUUGGAGUCAUGACCGACUACGUGGACGCAGAACUUACAACAUUCGUCAAAGAUAUUAUUACCACGUAUUGCGAUAUACCAUAUGUUGAUACCCGAUGCGGCUACGCUUGCUCUGACCACACCUCUGCGAGCAAAUAUGGAUACCCAGCGGCCAUGGCCACAGAGUCCAAGAUGGAGAACAGCAACAAGCAUAUCCACACCACUGAUGACACCAUCAAGUACCUGAGCUUCGAUCACAUGCUAGAGCAUGCAAAGCUCACACUUGGCUUUGCUUAUGAACUAGCCUUUGCUCCAUUUUGAUGUUCUAAUGCCCCAAUGUUGAAUUAACGACUGCAGCCGUGGCUGAGAUGCCUUGAUGUACUUUAUGAUACAUGGAGACCUGUGGUAUUUUUUAAUGUGUGAACAAUUGGCGUAGCCGGUUUUUGUUCCUCCACCGGAACUCAUACUCUUGAAUAGGAUUUAGAAUGAACACCCCAUAGCCUCUUCCCAAGUUUAACAACUUUCUUUUCAGCAUUUGUAAUUUAGUUAGCCGACGAUAGAUAUAAAGAUCAGGAA